AAAAAAAAAAACCCACCAACCGGACGGGGAUGCGCUCGGCUGGGGCCACCGCCGCCAGCUUAGUCUCUGUUGCUGUCGCCCUAGUCGCCUCCGCCGCCGCCUCCGCCGCCGCACCAGGCCGUGUCCACUUCUGUUUCCCGGUGGUGGGGCCAUGGUUGCCGCUGCCCCUGCGGCUGCCGCGGCCAUGAGGAAGAGCUUCCUGGUGCCCGAGAUCAAGCCUUUGGAUCAGUAUGAUUUCCCUCGGGCAAGGAGCGCUGCCAGCUUGGCCUGGGUGCUCGCCAAAGCCUACGGCGGUGCAGAACACAUCCCCGCUGAACUGCGUGAGCCCUUUUAUACAGACCAAUAUGAACAGGAGCACAUGAAGCCUCCUCUCAUCCGCCUGCUGCUGUCUUCUGAUGUCUACUGCCGUGCCUGGUGCCAGGCCUUGCCUCCAGGCCCUGACGGCGGCACCCUUCCCCCAAAGGACAAUGCUGCUUUGCUGCAACUUUUGGCCCACCGAGGCUUGGUGCCCACCUUUCAAGACAAGCCUGUUAAGGAAGCUGACCUGCAUCACAAACCAAUCAAGCUGGUAAGUCUGGAGGGAAGGAGGGUGGCUCUGCUCCCAGAAGCAACUUUGAUCCGGUACUGCAGGAUAGGAGACUGCCUUUCCUUUCAGUUGUGCAGUGGGGAUGAAUGAAUGGAGUGGUUCUCCAAAUCUUUAGCUGGAGCAGGUAGUCGAGAACUGAAAUGUGGUAGUACCAACUAAGGAUUCCUUGAAGGGUUAAUUCUACUAAUUUAAUCAAAUCUCUUGGGUUGUCUAGGGACGGGAGCUCGGAAAUCUGGAUUAGCGUGCUUUUAUUUUGCUUAGUUCUACCUCAACUCUGCCCACCACUACAUUAUCAUAAAGAAGCUGCACCUUUUUUUAAAUUAAAUAAGUAUUUUAGAUUUGGAAUAGGGUUGGCCUGUGCAGGUAGGACAUAACACCUGGACACAUAAGCCUCAUCUGUGAUAUUGAUGAGAAUGCCUCCCAAAGGGAGCUUCUGCCAAAGGAGCCCAUGCAUGCAGUGGAUCUU